GUACUUCGUCCCAAUCUUGCACCCACUGUGCGCAUUGGAGAGCAGCAGAAUAGAAAUGCUCGUGAAGUCUGCAGGCUUCUUCAUCGUUCUCUCAGGCGCGUCCAAUCAUGUGCUACGUCCGUUUCCUGAUGCAGCAACCAGGCACCAUAGGAUCAUCAGAGUCCGAGGAACAAUAGCGGGCAGGAUAUGUAGCAUUGUGCACACGGCCUUGGACACCCCAAAGGACGUAAAAGUAUGGACAUCUAGCGUCCACAAGAACUCACAAGAGAUACCGAUCCGUGCAAACAGUCAACUGUUGGCAACCGAAGUCGAUCCACGAAGUGUGUUCCUGGAUCCCACCCCUAUAUUAUUAGCAAGAGAAAUAGAUUCGAGAAAAUCGACAAUAUCCUUUCAAUUGUUCCCGGUUUACAUGAACCAACUAUGCCGGCCAGUCCACCGCUCCCACUGCUUAUCUCGCCGACUCCAGUUCACUCUGCGGCUAAAGCCCUUGUUUCCCCUUUGAGCUUAGAGUUUCAAACUCGGUAUCGCCGCUGAACAGUAUGAGUAAGGACAAUUCGACCGUGUGAGCAUGGUCAUGUCAUCCAGUCGGUCUACGGCAAGUGGCGUAAGGAGAAAGAGACUCAAGCGGACUGGGUGCAAAAUCCUUGACGAGUCCGUUGAGCCGUCCUCAAAGCCAAACAAAUACGCAUCCACAGA